AUGGAGUCUCUCACAAGGGCACUGGGCGCCCGGCACAUUCAGAACAUGAGCGAAGCCGAAACACUCGAGCCUCACUGGGGCUACGCAGAUCGCGCCCUGCCGUGUGCCAAAGACGUCAAAACCUGCGCAUACCUUGAUCUCGUCUACUCAGGUCACGACUAUAGCAUGCUAUUUGUCGGUAUCUUCUGGGCGAUCGCCAUCGCUGUGUUGUUCACUUGGGCUUUUGCCCGUAAGAUGUGGCCGUCACCGAAAGCGGACGAGUUCUUAAUUGCAGAUGGUGAAAAGGUCUUUUCAUCGACAAUAAACCGGCAAAACCGAAUGCAAAGAACAGUGGGCUCUUUUGUUCGCUCGUAUCUAUUGCCAGAUUCACUACGCAUCGUUUUCGGCCGAACAACACGUCUACAAGUCUCUCUACUGGCCAUCAUAUCAGCAUAUCUCAUCAUCGCAAGCUUCGCCGGUCUUACUUACAAGAUCUGGGUCGUUGCGGUACCAGAUCACGAAGGCGUUUAUACAAUUCGAACUACUCUCGGUCCAUGGUCCAAUCGAAUUGGUGUCCUCGCAUACGCACUUACACCACUCACUGUCAUGCUGGCGAGUCGCGAAUCGAUACUGAGUCUUUUGACUGGGGUUCCUUAUCAGAGCUUCAACUUCUUACAUCGUUGGCUCGGAUAUAUCAUUCUUGUUCAGGCUCUGCUUCACACCAUCGCGUGGAUUGUCAUCGAGACAAAGCUCUACGCUCCGCAACCAGACGCUGCACUGCAACUUAUCACGGAGAAAUACAUGAUAUGGGGGAUCGUCGCAACGUUGCUCAUCAUGCUUCUCUUUGUUCUGACUUUGCCUGUUGUCAUCCGUCGAACAGGCUACGAAUUCUUCCGAAAGGCCCAUUAUGUACUCGCCAUGGUCUACAUCGGUGCUUGUUAUGCGCACUGGGACAAACUAUCCUGCUUUCUGUAUUCGUCUCUUAUCUUUUGGGCCCUCGACCGUGCCCUCCGUCUGAUUAGGACUGGCUUGAUUCACUAUCAGCUUAUGGACACUGGGUCAAUGGGCUUCAAGUCAAUCAAGGCAUCCGUCAGGCAUUUUCCGGAUUCUGAGAAUGGUGAUGUCGUGAGAGUGGAUUUUGUGCACUCUCAGGACCCGUGGAAGAUCGGUCAGCAUUUCUAUCUCUGCUUCACUGAAUGCAGUAUCUGGCAAUCGCAUCCAUUUACUCCUCUGAGUUUACCAGUACUCACAGAGGCGACUGUUCAACAUUCGUAUAUCCUGCGCGCAAAGCAGGGUGAGACCAAGAAGCUUGCAGAAAUGGCACGCAAACAAAUGGCUGAGAACAUUGAUAUAACGACCCCAGUCAUCUUUUCUGGCUCUUACGGCGAAUCGAUUACAGAGAAUUUGACACCAGAGACUAACGUGCUCUGUGUUGCUGGUGGUACAGGAAUCACAUAUGUUUUACCCGUCCUACUAGAUCUCAUCUCCAAGCCGUCUUCCACAAUGCGCAAAGUCCAACUCAUCUGGGCUAUUAGGAAAGCUUCGGAUGCCCAGUGGGUCCAUGACGAGCUCGAAUCUAUCUUGCACUCUCGCGAGUCGCAUGGUAUCGAAGUGCGUAUAUUUGUAACGCGCGAAGCUGGUAGUCCUACAGCUGUCAUUGGCGCGGACUUGGGGGAUAAGGAAGUCGAAGUUGGCACUUCGUCGCCGUCGAACCUCUCUGACUCAGGAGAUGUAAGCAGCGGAAGCUCCACUUCUCACCCCGACUUGAGUAAAUUGGUUCCUGAGUUUAUCGUGGAUACUGUCAGAGGUUCUACAACUGUAUUUGCAAGUGGACCAGGAAGCAUGGUCAGUGACUUACGCCUCGCUGUUGCUGCUAGCAACUCCGGUUCCCAAGUUUGGAAAGGCAAUGACCGAUUUGAUGUUUCUUUAGUGUGCGACAACCGAUUAGAAUAA